UUCUCUCAUCUCCAUUGAUCAAUACACCCUAGAAACAAAAGCAAAAGCAGGAAGAAUUUCUGUGUCCACAUUUGCCUUUAAUUAAAGAAGGAAAAGUAUAAUCCCAAAUCAAAACCCCAAAAGAAGCAAAAGUUAGGAUUCUCUUUCUCUUUUCCUGAGUCUGUUUUAGUAAUACUACACAAGACUCUCUACUCUCAUUCCUUACUUGCCUAUAUGGAGAAACCCAAUUAAAAGCAUAAUUACAUUACCCCACAUUUUCAACACAUCACUCACCAAAGUAUCUCCCUCACUUUCUCUCUUUCAUAAGUAUAAAUUAACGCAACAAAAAAUGGUUUCAAUUCAGAAGAAUUUGAUGUUUUGCCGAAGAAGAUGGCAAGUACUAGUGGAACUAAGAAUGACAUGCAACAGCCUCGUCUUCCUCCCCGUGGGAAAACGUUAUCAAGGAGGAUGACUAGAGCUGGUACUAUGAUUGAUGCUAAUAAUGAGGAGGAUUCUACUGCGAUUGAUAGCGAGCUUGUUCCGUCUUCGCUUGUAUCGAUUACUCCAAUUCUUCGUGUCGCCAAUGAAAUUGAACCUGAGAAUCCUAGAGUUGCCUACCUCUGUCGCUUCCACGCAUUUGAGAAGGCUCACAGAUUGGAUCCUACAUCAAGUGGGCGUGGUGUUCGUCAGUUCAAAACCUAUCUGUUACACAGGCUAGAAAAGGAAGAAGAGGAAACAAAACCUCAACUUUCUAGAAGUGAUCCAGGUGAAAUCCAGAAGUUCUAUAAGAUGUAUUACGAAGAAAAAGUUAGACAAGACCCACUCAAAAAGAAACCUGAGGAAAUGGCCAAAAUUUAUCAGAUUGCAUCAGUAUUGUAUGACGUGCUGAAAACUGUGGUACCAUCUGAUAAAGUUUAUGAGGAGAUAAAUAGAUAUGCUCAAGAAGUUGAGAGGAAAAAGGAGAACUAUGGACACUUCAAUAUCCUUCCAUUGUAUGCAGUUGGCACUACUCCAGCAAUAAUGGAACUUCCUGAGAUCAAAGCUGCGCUUCGUGCUCUACGCAAAGUGGAUAAUCUUCCCAAACCAAGAAUUCGGUCAACUGAUACUGCUCAACACAACAAUAUCAGGACUGAGGACGGGGAUAUAAUUAUCCAUGAUUUGCUUGACUGGCUUUGGUUGGUUUUCGGGUUUCAGAAAGGAAAUUUAGCAAAUCAGAGGGAACACCUAAUUUUACUACUUGCAAAUGUUGACAUUAGGAAUAGGCAGCAAGAAAACUAUACACAGGUGGAUAGUAAGAGCGUAAAGCAUUUAAUGGAUAAAUUUUUUAAAAAUUAUCGCUCCUGGUGUGCAUAUUUGCGUUGUGAAACAAACCUCAAGUUCCCAAUAAAUGGUGAUAGACAGCAGAUGGAGCUUCUUUAUAUUGGACUUUAUCUUCUCAUCUGGGGGGAAGCUUCAAAUGUUCGAUUCAUGCCAGAAUGCAUCUGUUAUAUCUUUCAUAAUAUGGCGAAUGAGCUCUACGGGAUUUUAUAUAGCAACGCCCAUUCUGCCAGUGGAGAACCAUUCCAGCCUGCAUACCAGGGUGAAGAAUCGUUUUUGCAAGAAGUGAUAACACCUAUUUACCAGGUUAUGCGCAAGGAAACGAGGAGGAAUAAAGGAGGUACUGCGAGCCAUUCAAAGUGGAGAAAUUAUGAUGAUCUAAAUGAAUAUUUUUGGUCAAAAAAAUGUCUUAAGUUGGGGUGGCCAAUGAAUCGUGAGUCAGACUUUUUUAUUCAUACAGAGAAGAAAGAUCCUAAGCUCCAGCAACGAGCAAACCAAGUUACUGCUGGAGAGAGGAAGCCGAAGACAAAUUUUGUUGAAGUUCGGACUUUUUGGCACCUUUUUAGAAGUUUUGACCGGAUGUGGAUAUUUUUUAUAUUGGCUCUCCAGGCUAUGGUUAUCAUUGCAUGGAGUCCUUCUGGAUCUCCUAUAGCUCUCUUUGAAGAAGACGUUUUCAAAAAUGUGUUGAGCAUCUUUGUAACGUGGGCAUUACUCGGUUUCCUGCAAGUGACUCUGGAUGUAAUUCUUAGUUGGAAGGCUUGGGGAAGUUUGAAAUUUACCCAAAUUCUUCGUUACUUGUUGAAAUUUGCGGUUGCGGCAGUUUGGGUAGUUGUCCUCCCUAUAGGAUAUUCCAGCUCUGUCCGAAAUCCCUCGGGUCUGGUCAAAUAUUUCAGCAACUGGGUUAAUUGGCAAAACCAGUCAUUUUAUAGCUACGCCAUUGUAAUUUUUGUGAUGCCCAAUAUCUUGGCUGCACUAGUUUUUUUUCUUCCACCUCUUCGAAGACAUAUGGAGCGUUCAAACUGGCGAAUUGUUGUGCUCCUUAUGUGGUGGGCUCAGCCAAAACUUUUUUUGGGAAGAGGCAUGCAUGAAGAUAUGUUCUCUCUUCUAAAAUAUACAAUGUUUUGGAUCCUUCUGCUAAUCUGCAAGUUAGCGUUUAGCUUUUAUGUGGAGAUAUUGCCAUUAGUUGGGCCAACAAAAAUGAUCAUGGGCAUCCGUAUUGGCAACUAUGAGUGGCACGAGUUUUUCCCAAAUGUGAAGUACAACAUUGGUGUUGUUAUUUCCAUAUGGGCUCCCAUUGUCUUGGUGUAUUUCAUGGAUACUCAAAUUUGGUAUGCUAUUUUCUCCACCAUAUUUGGUGGUAUUCAUGGUGCAUUCAGUCACUUGGGAGAGAUACGGACCCUUGGGAUGUUGAGAUCCAGAUUUGAAUCUGUGCCCAGUGCCUUUAGCAAACGUCUUGUACCAACUUCAAAGGAAGAAUCCAAAAAGGACCAGAUGGAUGGGACAUGGGAAAGGAAGAACAUUGCCAAAUUCUCUCAAUUUUGGAAUGAGUUCAUCAGUUGCAUGCGGGCUGAGGACUUGAUCAGCAAUAAGGAAAAGGAUCUGCUGCUUGUACCUUAUUCUUCUAAUGAUGUCUCUGUUGUCCAGUGGCCUCCUUUUUUGCUGGCGAGUAAGAUUCCCAUUGCCUUGGACAUGGCGAAAGAUUUCAAGGGUAGGAAUGACAUGGAUUUGUUUAGAAAGAUCAAGAAUGAUGAGUACAUGCAUUCAGCAGUAAUUGAAUGUUAUGAAACGUUCAGAGAUAUACUGUAUGGUCUUCUGGAGGAUGAAGAAGAUGAGGCGCUUGUUAGGCACAUAUGUCGAGAAGUAGAUGCAAGUUUAGAACGACACUGUUUCUUGAAAGACUUCCGUAUGAGUGAGCUUCCUCAGCUCAGCAAUAAGUUGGAGAAACUUCUAAACCUUUUGAAAGGUGAUCAUGAAGAUAUCGAAAACUACAAAGCACAGAUAAUUAAUGUCCUUCAGGAUAUUAUGGAGAUAAUAACUCAGGAUGUGAUGACUUCUGCACAUGUCCUUGAAAAGUCUCAUCAGCACCAGCAUGAUGACCAUGUGAAGAAAAAACAAAAAUUUGAAAAUUUAAAUCUCAACCUUAUGCGAAAUAGAUCUUGGAUGGAGAAGGUCGUGAGGCUUCAUUUGCUGUUAACUGUUAAGGAAUCAGCAAUAAAUGUGCCGAUGAACUUGGAAGCUCGCCGCCGCAUCACUUUCUUUAGUAACUCUUUGUUUAUGAAUAUGCCAACAGCUCCCAAAGUCCGUAACAUGCUAUCCUUCAGUGUUUUGACUCCAUACUACAAAGAAGAUGUUCUUUAUUCAGAGGAGGAACUGAACAAGGAAAAUGAAGAUGGGAUAUCAACUUUAUUUUACCUUCAGAAAAUAUAUCCUGAUGAAUGGAACAAUUUUCUUGAACGGACAAAUGCUGUGAAGGAUGAAAAUGGCGGAAAAGAGAAGGUGGAUUUAAUUCGCGAAUGGGUAUCUUACAGGGGGCAAACUCUCUUCAGGACAGUGAGAGGGAUGAUGUACUAUAGGCAGGCACUAGAACUUCAAUGCUUCCUCGAUAUGGCAGAAGAUCUUGCCAUUUUUGGUGGAUAUCGGACAGUCAAUAUAGAUCAUCACGAUGAUGAGAUGGCUUUUGCUGCUCGUUCACAAGCUGUGGCUGAUAUGAAGUUUACCUAUGUCGUUUCUUGUCAGGUCUAUGGGGCCCAAAAGAAGUCUGGUGAACUUCGAGAUCGGAGUUGUUACCAGAACGUUCUAAACCUCAUGCUAAUGUAUCCAUCCUUGCGUGUUGCUUACAUAGAUGACAGAGAGGAGAUGCUAAAUGGAAAGUCUGAAAGGGUUUACUACUCUGUUCUCGUUAAAGGAGGAGAAAAAUUAGACGAGGAAAUAUACCGAAUCAAGCUACCGGGUCCCCCAACAGAUAUUGGUGAAGGGAAGCCUGAAAAUCAAAACCAUGCUAUAAUUUUCACUCGUGGAGAAGCUCUUCAGACCAUAGACAUGAAUCAGGAUAAUUACCUUGAAGAAGCAUUCAAAAUGAGAAAUGUUUUGGAGGAGUUCCUGAAAUCACGUCGGGGUGAGCGUAAACCAACAAUAUUGGGUCUCCGGGAGCAUAUUUUUACUGGAAGUGUUUCAUCGCUUGCUUGGUUCAUGUCCAAUCAGGAGAUGAGUUUUGUUACCAUUGGACAGCGUAUUCUGGCAAAUCCUCUUCGGGUUCGUUUCCACUAUGGCCAUCCUGAUGUGUUCGACAGAAUUUUUCACUUGACGAGGGGUGGGGUUAGUAAAGCAUCAAAAGUUAUUAAUUUGAGUGAGGAUAUAUUCUCAGGGUUUAAUUCAACUUUACGCGGGGGAUAUGUUACUCAUCAUGAAUACAUUCAAGUAGGAAAAGGACGUGACGUGGGUAUGAAUCAAAUUUCACAGUUUGAGGCUAAGGUUGCUAAUGGUAAUGGAGAGCAAACUCUGAGCCGUGACAUUUAUCGUCUAGGACGCCGGUUUGACUUUUUCAGAAUGUUGUCAUUCUACUUCACUACAGUUGGUUUCUACUUCAGCAGUAUGGUUACGGUGCUUACUGUUUAUGUAUUUUUAUACGGGCGUCUAUAUUUGGUUUUGAGUGGUCUGGAAAAAGGGGUUCUUGAUGAUCCAAGCAUCCGAGAAAGUAAAGCUCUUGAAGCAGCUUUGGCUACCCAGUCUGUCUUUCAGCUAGGUCUGUUGCUUGUAUUGCCAAUGGUGAUGGAGAUUGGCCUGGAGAGGGGAUUCCGGACUGCGAUUGGUGAAUUUAUAAUCAUGCAGCUACAGUUAGCAUCAGUGUUCUUUACCUUCCAGCUAGGCACAAAAGCUCACUAUUUUGGAAGGACAAUAUUGCAUGGUGGUGCAAAGUAUAGAGCUACAGGACGUGGGUUUGUUGUAUUUCAUGCGAAGUUCGCAGAUAACUACAGAUUCUACUCAAGAAGCCAUUUUGUGAAAGGGCUAGAGUUAAUGAUAUUGCUCGUCGUGUACGAAGUCUAUGGCAAUUCCUAUAGAAGUUCAAGUCUUUAUUUUUUCAUCACCUUCUCCAUGUGGUUCUUGGUAGGUUCAUGGUUAUUUGCUCCGUUCGUGUUCAAUCCCUCUUGUUUCGAAUGGCAGAAGACGGUUGAUGAUUGGACAGACUGGAAAAGGUGGAUGGGUAACCGGGGUGGAAUUGGUAUCCAACCUGAUAGAAGCUGGGAAUCCUGGUGGGAUGGCGAGCAAGAGCAUCUUAAACACACAAACAUUAGAGGUCGGUUGCUUGAAAUACUGUUGGCGCUGCGCUUUUUGAUCUACCAAUACGGAAUCGUUUACCACCUCAAUAUAUCCCGUCAUAACAAGAAUGUGCUGGUGUAUGGACUUUCGUGGGUUGUAAUGGCAACUGUUCUUAUAGUUUUAAAGAUGGUAUCAAUGGGUAGACGAAGAUUUGGUACCGAUUUUCAGCUGAUGUUCAGAAUCCUCAAAGGACUUCUUUUCCUGGGUUUCGUGUCUGUCAUGGCCGUUCUAUUCGUUGUUUGUGGCCUAACGAUUUCGGACCUGUUUGCUGGGCUACUUGGUUUCAUGCCCACAGGGUGGUCCAUUCUUCUCAUUGGGCAAGCAUGCAAGCCGAUGUUGAAGGGCAUUGGAUUUUGGGAGUCCAUAAAGGGGCUAGCAAGAGCAUACGAGUAUGUGAUGGGGAUGCUAAUUUUCAUGCCUAUAGUCAUAUUGUCAUGGUUUCCGUUCGUUUCUGAGUUUCAGACUCGGUUGCUAUUUAACCAAGCAUUUAGUAGAGGUCUACAGAUCUCUAUGAUUCUUGCUGGGAAGAAGGAGAGAACAAAUCCCAACUGACCACUCAACUAGCUAUACAUGGACAAUUUAAUGACGCAACUUGCAUGUUCUUGCUCUUGUGGAGUCUCGUAACAUCGAGUCCGAAAAAGAAACUGUUGGACCUGCGGAGACAUUCUUUCUUGAUGUUUACAUUUUAUUUUACCGAACUUCUCUUAGGUGGAUGUGUAUGUAUCAUACACACCUGUAGUAUUAUUUUUAGCAUCAAGUUGAAAUAAAUACGUUUACAUCUAGGAGCUCACAUUUGAAGCUUUGUAGGUUCCCUGACAUUCUAAUCUAUAAAGAUGUUAUAUCAAGGUGUUAUACAUGUCAAUGAUGAGUAUCUGAACAAACAGCUGCAUCAUUCAAAUGUGAGGCUUUGAAGGUGUGAAAAUCUCUGCUCUUAGCGUUGCUGAAUAUAUUUUUCUUAUUCCAAGGAAAACUCGCGUAUUUGUAUCCUUCGCACGAUGCAAAUUUUUGAUUUGGACCUUCGGAUGGAAGUGAAAACCCCUUAGCACCAUGUAUUAAGGCCUUGGCACCCUAUUGGGACAAUGUGAAGAUGACUACACCUUCGGAGUUCAUGUUCUGUAAAGUGUAAAUAGUGAUUUAAACAUUUUUAAACAAUUUAAAUUUUGAACAGUAAUUUAAAGUUUUUCUUUGUUUUGA